GCAGAUCUGUCUGGCUCCUCCCACUUUAUCAGGAAAGAGAAAACCGCUAUGUAGCCAAACUGCUUAGGAGAAAACGAGAAACAUUGUAGCGACUGUAGUAUUUUUAUAAUAAUUUAAAGCGUCGGGGCGGUAUAGUAUAAACUCGUUUUGAAGAUGAAAGUAAGAUAACUAGUGUGUAUCUGUUGUUAAGAGCAGAAAUGGAGAAACAGUCGCGUCUGUUGUGUUCUGAGUUGUGUGUUCAGCGCAGACUGUAUGAGGUCACAUUAAACUGCGCGAUUCUCGCGUGGAAAGACAUACAAAUCGCCAAAAAACACACCGGACGCGCCAUAUAUGGAGCUGUCAAAGCGGGUAGUUAUUGUGUCCCAGUGUGCGAGAUUAUAGCCGUUCAGGAAAAAGAAGAUGACACUCCAUGUAAAAACACUGGGAAAUGGCAGAAGGUUCCUCAGAGCCCAGCGGACCCCUGCCAGCACGCUUUCACAGUGUUCUAUGUAGAGAGGACAAGGCAGCACUGCUGGUGGUGCAGCAACGUGACUUUCCACUGCUCUGAUCAUUCCCUGUGUCUGCUCUGGGUCCAAACUAUUAGGGAACAACUUGCAUUGCUGACCAAUCGACCGAAGAGUUUGUUAGUGUACAUCAACCCCUACGGAGGAAAACAACGUGGGAAGCAGAUUUACGACCACAAAGUGGCCCCCAUCUUUUCCCGGGCUUCCAUUUCCACCGACGUGAUUGUUACAGAGCGUGCAAAUCAUGCCAGGGACCACUUGAAGACAGAGGCUGAUCUGAAGAAGUAUGAUGGUGUGGUGUGUGUCGGAGGUGAUGGCAUGUUCAGCGAGAUUAUGCAUGGCCUCGUCUCCCGCACGCAGCAAGAAGCUGGUGUGGAUGAGAACUCUAUGGAGGAGACCCUUAUGCCGUGUGGACUUCGCAUCGGCAUCAUUCCUGCAGGUUCGACUGACUGUAUAUGCUACGCCACGGUUGGCUCAAAUGACCCUGUCACUUCAGCACUGCACAUCAUUGUGGGUGAUUCUCAGGCAAUGGACAUUUGCUCGGUACACAAUGAAGACCGCUUCCUGCGCUACUCUGUGUCACUACUGGGUUACGGGUUCUACGGAGAUGUGCUGACAGACAGUGAGAGGAAGCGCUGGAUGGGCCCGGCACGUUACGAUAUCUCAGGUGUUAAAACCUUUCUGUCACAUCGCUACUAUGAGGGAACUGUGUCCUUCUUACCUGCUGAAGGGAACGUGGGAACUCCCAGAGACAAAAUGCAGUGCCGAACUGGGUGUAGUGUCUGUCGGCAAUCCUCUUCUGACAAACUGGUCAGCAAAAAUGAAGACAGCGUUUCUGAUGCUGAGUGUCAGGAUACGUGGACGGUCAUCAGGGGAAAGUUUUUGGCCAUCAAUGCUGCCAGCAUGAGUUGUGCUUGUCCUCGCAGUCCUAAAGGCCUGUCGCCAUCAGCGCACUUAGCAGAUGGAACUACUGACCUCAUCCUCGUCAGGAAGUGCUCCCGACUCGACUUCCUGCGCCACCUGCUGCGCCACACCAAUAAGGACGAUCAGUUUGAUCACUCUUUUGUGGAGGUGUACCGGGUCAAGCAGUUCCGAUUCACCCCGAGAUAUCAGGAGUGUGAUUCUGAAGUGGACCUGAGAGAGAGCGGAGUGACAGGCAAGCGAUUCCUCAGUCAGAUCUGCAGGGAGCACAGAGCCUGUGGCUGCAUGCCUUCCCAGAGCAACUGGAACUGUGAUGGAGAGAUCCUCCCACACAGUGCCAUUCAAGUCCGGGUCCACUGCCAGCUGAUCAAGCUGUUUGCGAGAGGCAUCGAAGAGCAGCAGGUGUUUGAGGACCCUUACGCUCAUUGUGCAAUAUAGAUCUCCACUCCACUUAAAAGACCUCCAGCUGGAUCAUUAAGAGUGAGAUUCUUUGAAUGGAAGAGUCACCUUCAGCUCAGCACAAUGUCAUGCCGUUUCUAAUGCUGUUUUACCCAGAUAAUCCUCAUGAUGAUGCAUUGAGUCAACACCAUUUUCACAGCAUUUAUAAAGGCUUUAUUAGAUUUGUGUAAGAUUGGAUCAGCUGUUUCAGCUAGGCAUUAGCUUUGCCGAUUUUUUCAUUUCAACCCUUGAAGUCCUUGAAGUAGCUGGUGAUAUCUCUUGCUGCAUGUGACAGCUUCCGGUUGUCAACAUUUGUCUUCCACCACGACCAAGCUGGUCUUGAGAUUAGCACUAAUUAAAUCCCAAAGUCAAAUUCCAGGAACUGUGAAAACUCUGGUAGUGUAAAAGAAGAUAUUUUGAAGAAUGUUGGUAAACAAACAGUUGCUGGUUGCCACUGGUGUCCAUAGUGUGGAAAAAAAAAUACAAUAAAAGUCAAUUAAUUUAAAAACUAUUCAUUUAAAAAGUUAGCAGUUCAUGCAUGGAAAUGUAGCAUUAAAGAGCUAGACAGCUACACUGUGUCACUGCAGGGUCAGUGUAUGUACGGCUGUUUAUCAGACGGAAUGUAAAUGUAAAUACUGUAGCGCUCAUCUCUGCGUUGUCUUUCUUGGUUGCAACCCCUGAGAAUAUUUCCUCCCUUAAUAAUGAAUUUUGUGUUUUUUGUCUUAUUUCUUAUGAAAGCUCUUAUUGUUUCUGCGGUAUCGAAGAAUGAAGGUGUUUAUGAUAGACAGAGAAAUUGCUUUUUGCUGUUGUGCAUGUCCGCUGCUUUAAUAUGCAAUUUUUAAAGUGUUUCCUUGAGCUGUACUUGUGAUUGAGGGUAUGGAUUUCCCAAGAUGUAUCUGUAAAGGCAACACAACUUCUGUAGCUAUUACAGGGAAAACAUUGUUCACAUCCUUCAUAGACUGAAAGUUUGUCGGGAAGCUCAUUUUUGCCACACAAAAAAAAACAAAAAAAAAAUCAUGGUAAAUCAUAAUUAUGACACUAAGUCACAAUUGGGUCAUAAUUAAGUCAUUAUUGAAAACUGAAAUUAAAAUAGUAAAAAAAAAAUACUAAUAAAAAUAAAAAUCAUAAUUAAUAUUUAUUUUUAAUAUUUGAAUUAAUAAUCAUAAUUAAAAAUGACUCAAAAUAAAAACUGCCAUAAUAAAUAAAAGUCAUAAUUAUAAUACUAAAAGGUCAUAACUGAAAACUGAAAUAAAAAUAAAGAUAAAUAGAAAUACUAAAAAAUACUGAUAAAAAAAAUGACAAAAACAUAAAAUUGAUAAAGCAAACUUGAUAGAAUAGAUACAACGUUUUUCUUACUUUAUCAUAAUUUUGACUUUUUAUCUCAUAAUUGACUUAGUAUUUCAUAAUUUUGACUUUUCUUAUAAUUUGUCAUAAUCUCAUAAUUUUUAUUUACCAAAGCUUUUUUUUUCUCUCUCUCUCUCUCCUGUGGAAAUGGGCUUCACAUGAUUGUCAUGUGUGUCAGUCUCGGAAAGAAAUUCCCAAGUAACAUUUCACCUUGAAAUUAAAAAGAAAAUUAAGAAAUUAUAUUCUAACGACAAUGAAAACCUUUUUGUAAUUUAAUUGAAUUAUGUAUUUUUGCAUUGCAUUGUGACAUUAUUUUCAUAACUGAUAAGCACAUUUUCUUUUAAUUAUUGUAGUGAAAUAUGACCAGGAUAUUUCUUGACAGUUUUAAAUGUUAAUCACCCAUGUAUACUAAGGACGAUGGAAAAGAUGUCCUCAUAUGCGACCAGGCAAUUCAGAUGUCAUGAACCUCUGCUGUUUAUGAAUUAUGAACUGUGGCUUCCUAUUCUUGUGUGUGUAACAGUAUUUGUAUUGUGUGUAGUUAAUCCAAUGUCAAAGCGUGCGUAUUUGACACCUAUUCUACUAUCGUUGGUGGCCUACUUCAGACCUAAUCAAUCCCAAUACACACUGUGUACGCACAUGAUGUGCCACCAACUUUCCCUACUGAUCCAAAGAUACCAUUCACAGCCCAUUUUAAUUACUUGAAUGUGGCCACGGUUUUCACCUUCGUGCUGCCCUGGCGGCUGAUGUUCAUUUAUGGCUCAUGACAGGUGACAGUAUAAUGUACUACAAUGGUUGUCCAGUACUGUUUGUGUGUUUUCAGCUGAAGUUAAACAGAGUUCUCUCAGUAGGGUGUCGCCUUAUGCAGUCAAGCACUUGUCAAGACUCAGUAAUGACUGAUAAUGAAGUCAUCUUGCAGGACUCGAGAUGAUGUGUAAGACCUGACGUUUAUUUUGAUGUGCUGAAUGAAAUGCAAAGAAAAUCCAUGAAUAAAGUUUAUUGAACAAUCA